UGUAAAAGAAACUGUGGAAGGCCAGUUCCCACUCUUACGGCCUCUUCCUUUGCUAACUGUUCUACUCUGCACUUUGGAACAAAACCCCUUUUUUCAUAUUUCUUCUCUUGGUAAUUUCAAUUCCUUCUUGUUUUAGCUGGCUGCUGGUUUUAAGCAGUGUCAUGAAGGAGAAUUAGGGUACAAAAAAGAGAGAUUUUUUUAGCCUAGUCACAUACCGGAUAUACGAAGGCUCAAUUAUUAUACGGAAUUGUUUUAGUUUGAAAAGCUUGAUAAAUUGUGUGAUGGUAAUUGCAGCAAAGUGAGAAGAAUCUUUAUGAUGGCCAUUGCUGCUGUGAUUGGGCUUAGCACUGGAAAGAGAUUCUUGAGUUCUUCCUUUUCUUAUUCGGAUAUCAUAGAGAAGCUCGAUUAUGCCAGUGAUCAUGGAUCUUCAUAUUAUCAGUUUUCUUGCACAAAAAGUUUGGUAGUUGCAAAAAAAUCAUCUAAUUGUAGCCAAAGUCUUCCGUCAUCCAACCAGCGCACUCCGUCAAUUAAAGCUCUUAAAGAGCAUGUGGAUGCUGCCUCUAGUAUUUCAACUGUAGAGCCUUGGUUUGAUGGAUCCAAUGACUCAGAAGAAGAAUGCUAUGAUCUUGACUACUCUGUGGAGGCUCUUCUUUUGCUUCAGAAGUCUAUGCUGGAAAAGCAAUGGACCCUUUCUUUUGAGAGGACGGAGUUCACUGAAUCACCAAGUAGGAAAACCCACAAGAAGGUACCGGUUACUUGUUCUGGGGUGUCUGCUCGGCAACGAAGAUUCAAUACUAAGAGAAUGGCUCUGAGCAAAAAUAAAUCAGUGAUACAACCUAAUGCUAAGCAGCUAAGAUCAUUGAUUGGUCCAGAGCUGCUUCAAAGUCGAUUGAAGGGUUACGUGAAGGGUGUAGUGAGUGAAGAUUUGCUUAGCCAUGCAGAAGUUGUGCGCUUGUCGAAAAAAAUCAAAGCUGGGCUUUCCUUUGAGGAUCACAGGUUAAGACUAAAGGAGAGACUGGGGUGUGAGCCAUCUGAUGAACAGCUUGCUACAACUUUGAAAAUUUCUCGUGCUGAGUUACAGUCAAAGUUAAUUGAAUGUUCUUUGGCAAGAGAAAAAUUGGCUAUGAGCAAUGUUCGAUUGGUUAUGUCGAUAGCACAAAGAUAUGAUAACAUGGGUGCUGAAAUGUCUGAUCUUGUACAGGGUGGUUUGAUCGGACUGUUGCAUGGCAUUGAAAAAUUUGAUUCUUCGAAAGGAUACAAAAUCUCAACUUAUGUAUAUUGGUGGAUUCGUCAGGGUGUUUCAAGGGCAUUAGUUGAGAACUCAAAAACAUUAAGAUUGCCCACAUAUUUGCAUGAAAGGUUAGGAUUAAUCCGAAAUGCUAAACGUAGACUGGAAGAGAAAGGAAUAACACCAACUAUUGAUAGGAUUGCUGAGAGUCUGAACAUGUCGCAGAAGAAAGUUAGGAAUGCUACAGAGGCAGUCAGUAAGGUCUUCUCCCUUGACAGGGAUGCGUUUCCGUCUUUGAAUGGUCUUCCCGGAGAGACUCAUCAUAGUUACAUUGCAGAUAACCAUGUAGAAAACAAUCCGUGGCACGGUGUGGAUGAUUGGGCACUCAAGGAUGAAGUAAACAGACUCAUCGAUAUAACACUCGGAGAACGCGAAAGGGAGAUUAUUUGCCUUUACCAUGGUCUCGAUAAUGAAAGUCUUACAUGGGGGGACAUCAGUAAACGCAUAGGUUUGUCCAGGGAAAGAGUUCGGCAAGUCGGACUCGUGGCGCUCGAGAAACUAAAGCACGCAGCGAGGAAGAAGAAGAUGGAAGCUAUGCUAGUGAAACAUUGAUUUUGUAUGUUUGAACAUACACAUGGUA